UUGGUUCUCCCGGCUGUCAAUUGCAGCAUGGGCGAUUUUCAUUGGCCUUCAGUCAAGAGCAGGCUGGGGGCGGAGCGCUAGUAGGCUCCGUCCAACCGCCCUGCUCGCGCGUCCUCCCUUCCGCGCAUGUGCCCGAGGAGUAGCGCUGAUUGGCCAGGGGCGAACAGGGGGCGGGGGCCCGGGGAGUGGUGGGAGCUGCUGUGUGUGGACGAGCUGCUGCCGGUGUCAUGGCGGAGCUGAGUGAGGAGGCGCUGCUGUCAGUAUUACCGACGAUCCGGGUCCCUAAGGCUGGAGACCGGGUCCACAAAGACGAGUGCGCUUUCUCCUUCGACACACCGGAGUCCGAGGGCGGCCUGUAUAUCUGCAUGAACACGUUCCUGGGCUUCGGGAAGCAGUAUGUGGAAAGGCACUUCAAUAAGACUGGCCAGAGGGUUUACCUGCACCUGCGGCGAACCCGGCGUCCGAAAGAAGAGGACAGUGCUUCAGGCACUGGAGACCCACCCCGCAAGAAGCCCACCCGGCUGGCCAUUGGGAUGGAAGGCGGCUUUGACCUCACCGAGGACAAGUUUGAAUAUGAUGAGGAUGUGAAGAUUGUCAUUUUGCCAGAUUACCUGGAGAUUGCCCGGGAUGGCUUGGGGGGCCUGCCUGACAUCGUCAGAGACCGGGUGAGCAGCGCGGUAGAGGCCCUGCUGGCAGCCGACUCGGCCUCCCGCAAGCAGGAGGUGCAGGCCUGGGACGGGGAGGUCCGGCAGGUCUCUAAGCACGCCUUCAACCUCAAGCAGCUGGACAACCCUGCACGCAUCCCCCCCUGUGGCUGGAAAUGCUCUAAAUGUGACAUGAGAGAGAACCUGUGGCUGAACCUGACAGACGGCUCCAUCCUCUGCGGCCGGCGCUACUUCGACGGCAGCGGGGGCAAUAACCAUGCCGUGGAGCACUACAGGGAGACGGGCUACCCACUAGCAGUCAAGCUGGGCACCAUCACGCCUGAUGGGGCUGAUGUGUACUCGUACGAUGAGGACGACAUGGUGCUGGACCCCAGCCUGCCUGAGCACCUGGCACACUUUGGCAUUGACAUGCUGAAGAUGCAGAAGACAGACAAGACCAUGACCGAACUGGAGAUAGACAUGAACCAGCGGAUUGGCGAGUGGGAGCUGAUCCAGGAGUCGGGGGUACCACUGAAGCCGCUCUUCGGGCCCGGCUACACCGGCAUCCAGAACCUGGGCAACAGCUGCUACCUCAACUCCGUGGUCCAGGUGCUCUUCAGCAUCCCUGACUUCCAGAGGAAGUAUGUGGACAAGCUGGAGAAGAUCUUCCAGAAUGCCCCAACAGACCCCACCCAGGACUUCAGCACCCAGGUGGCCAAGCUGGGCCAUGGCCUCCUCUCGGGGGAGUAUUCCAAGCCAGCCCCAGAGUCAGGUGACGGGGAGCAGGCCCCAGAACAAAAGGAGGUCCAGGAUGGCAUUGCCCCUCGGAUGUUCAAGGCCCUCAUUGGCAAGGGCCAUCCCGAGUUCUCCACCAACCGGCAGCAGGAUGCCCAGGAGUUCUUCCUUCAUCUCAUCAACAUGGUGGAGAGGAAUUGCCGGAGCUCUGAAAACCCCAAUGAAGUGUUCCGCUUCUUGGUGGAGGAGAAGAUCAAGUGCCUGGCCACGGAGAAGGUGAAGUACACGCAGCGCGUGGACUACAUCAUGCAGCUGCCUGUGCCCAUGGACGCAGCCCUCAACAAAGAGGAGCUCAUGGAGUACGAGGAGAAGAAGCGGCAGGCCGAGGAGGAGAAGCUGCCCCCGCCAGAGCUGGUCCGAGCCCAGGUGCCCUUCAGCUCCUGCCUGGAAGCCUAUGGGGCGCCCGAGCAGGUGGACGACUUCUGGAGCACGGCGCUGCAGGCCAAGUCAGUGGCCAUCAAGACUACACGGUUUGCCUCAUUCCCCGACUACCUGGUUAUCCAGAUCAAGAAGUUCACCUUCGGCCUGGACUGGGUGCCCAAGAAGCUGGAUGUGUCCAUUGAGAUGCCAGAGGAGCUGGACAUCUCCCAGCUGCGGGGUGCUGGGCUGCAGCCAGGAGAGGAGGAGCUGCCUGACAUUGCCCCACCCCUGGUGACCCCAGAUGAGCCCAAAGGUAGCCUUGGUUUCUAUGGCAACGAAGACGAAGACUCCUUCUGCUCCCCUCACCUCUCCUCUCCGACAUCACCCAUGCUCGAUGAGUCGGUCGUCAUCCAGCUGGUGGAAAUGGGCUUCCCCAUGGAUGCCUGCCGCAAGGCCGUCUACUACACGGGCAACAGUGGGGCUGAGGCUGCCAUGAACUGGGUCAUGUCGCAUAUGGAUGAUCCAGAUUUUGCAAACCCCCUCAUCCUGCCGGGCUCCAGCGGGCCUGGCUCAACCAGCACAGCGGCCGAGCCCCCACCCGAGGACUGCGUGACCACCAUCGUUUCCAUGGGCUUCUCCCGGGACCAGGCUCUGAAAGCCCUGAGGGCCACGAAUAAUAGCUUAGAGCGGGCUGUGGACUGGAUCUUCAGCCACAUCGACGACCUGGAUGCAGAGGCAGCCAUGGACAUCUCCGAGGGCCGCUCAGCCGCCGACUCCAUCUCUGAAUCUGUGCCAGUGGGACCCAAAGUCCGGGACGGGCCCGGAAAGUAUCAGCUCUUUGCCUUCAUUAGUCACAUGGGCACCUCUACCAUGUGUGGUCACUACGUCUGCCACAUCAAGAAGGAGGGCAGGUGGGUGAUCUACAACGACCAGAAAGUGUGUGCCUCCGAGAAGCCGCCCAAGGACCUGGGCUACAUCUAUUUCUACCAGAGAGUGGCCAGCUAAGAGCCUGCCCUCACCCCUUAGCCGAGGGCAGGGCACCAGCCCCUGGCCUGAGGGAUGGACUUGAGACCCCCUGUCCUGCCCUGUACCCUUUUUCUGUUUGUCCCCAGCAGCAGGGAAGAAGCUGGAGGCUGAGGGUGGAUGGCCGGGCCAACAGGAGGGGCACUCUGCAGGCAGGCUUCCGGUGGGGGCAGGCCAGGUACUGCCCGCCUGGCUGCCCGCAGCCUUCACUUCCCUGGCCCUUGGGGCCAGUCCUCUGCUUGUGUGUGUCGUUCCGCCCCACCUCUGGUGUGGUGCGGAGGGCCUCACGUAUGUGUGAGUGAGCGUGGAUGUGGGGCUGGGUAUAGCUUUGUGCACCCCGUUCCAGGGCAAGGGGGCCUGUGGCUCCCCUGCCCUUUGUGUUUGUCCCCGGGUGGUUGGGCAAGGAGGGACAGGAGGGAUGUGGGAUACCUCACCCCUCCUCCUGCCCUCCUGCCUCAGCCCUCCAUCCUGUCUCUUCCCUGUCCUUUUCUGGAAAAUGCCAAAACACACGAUGUGAAUAAAAGUACAGUGGCUGAA